AUGUCAAGUCCUUUUAGUGCAAAAACAAUUCUAAGAGCAGGAAAUGGAAUCUUAUUUAUGGAGACCACGGACAGAAUGGAUCCACCAUCUCUGGUACUGUGUGCUAUUGAAUCAGCCGCACGAGUCUACCCUGACCGACCGGUGGCCUUCUUCAUGAAAGGAUUGGAGGACAUUACCACAGAAGAAGAUGAGAAGAGAGCAAGACAACAAUUUCCAACCUUGUCGUCCUAUAGCAAUGUUUACCUCUUCCCUCUGAGAAUGGAUCAAUUAUUUAAUAACACGCCUCUUAAACCGUGGUUUGAUAAGGUAAACCCUGAAAGAGAAAUCUACUGGACCCAUGUUAGCUCAGAUGCCUGUAGGUUUGCCAUGAUGUGGAAAUACGGUGGAAUUUACAUGGAUGCUGAUGUCAUCUCACUUCGUCCAAUACCCCAGGACCACUUUGUAGCAGCCGAAUCUUCCACAGACACUGGCAGUAGUGUUUUUGGACUUUCCUCACAUUACCAGUUGGCUUGGCAAUUUAUGGAGAACUUUGUUGAGAACUACAGGGGAGAAAUAUGGGGACACCAAGGACCAGGGGUUUUCACUCGUGUUAUGAAGAAUUUGUGUGACAUGCCGGUAUUUAAAUCUACGGAUGAUGCCAUGUGUUCAAACAUCAGUUAUUUUCAUCCUCAACGUUUCUAUCCCAUCUUGUAUUCAUCAUGGAGAAGGUACUUUGAUGUCUGGGAGAAUUUGCCAAUUUUUAAUUACUCUUAUGGCUUACAUCUUUGGAAUUUCAUGAAUAAAGAGGAUAAAUCUAUGGAACCUGGAAGUAACACAUUGGUGGAACAUCUCUACCAAAAACACUGCCCUACUGCCUAUGGAUAUAUCUUGAAAAAUGUGCAAACUCACAUUUAA